AUGUCAAAAAACGCAAUAACGUCAUCUCACACAGUUCAUGAUAUCGUCGUUAACCAGACCAUUCCUCACAUUGAACAGGAAACUUUCAAAAAUGAGGUAACAUUUGUUGAAAUGCGCCUUCUAUUUCCUCCUGGGAGUAUCAUAUCUGCUAUUCAUGCGGCCAACCUCCCGCUGACGUUGGAGCCCAACUUCUCUCGUGGAAGUAUUCACAUACUGACAAUGCAUCCUCAGUUUGCAGAUGCCAAGCAACAAGCUAUUCAUUUAAUGCAUCUGCCUUCGACUGAUCCUCUAGGCGUUUUCAUAGUAGUGUACUUGAGUGAAGGUGUUUCACAAAAGGUGCUCCGUGAAGUAACCAAAGAAUACUUUCUAAAACUUGGCACAACCCAUGUGAUUCAACUGCUUCCUAUAGUAAAAACGAAUGUUGUUUUCGGGGUGUCGCACAAGGGGUCUUUUAUACUACAAUCUGUGGAAGAUUUUUGUGAAGAUCAGUCUGACGACCACCUGGUCGUUCGCCGGGCCAAGAGAGUUCCUUUUGGGCUGGUGCUGAUCCUGCCCUUCCAUUGGCAGACCUGGAGCUCUGUUCUCUGCAUCGUGGUGCUGACUGUCGUUGCCUGGGCACUAGCGCGAUGGCGGCCAUUUCAAAUUUCCAGUAUGCUUACCGCAGUUUUCGACGUUGUGGAGAUGUCUCUAACU